AUGUCGCUUUGUUCUAGAGGCGCACUAUUGCGAAAUGCAAGGCCCAAUUUGAUCCGUUUGACCUCCAGAAAUGUGACUCGAAUUUCACCACAACCAUUCCUCUCUCGCUCGCGCUUCACGCUGCAAAGCAAUGUUGUCUCAGGUCGCCAUAGCCCAUGUCAUAGCCAAUGCCGCAAGUUCUCGACAACACCUUUGCGGCGCGAAGAAGUCUCGGUCGACCCCUUAGCCAGUGUCUUGCCGGUCUGCUGUCCAGGAUGUGGCGCAUUCUCCCAAGUAGUCGAAGAAAACGAACCAGGAUAUUAUAGCCCAUCGCGAAAGCAAACCCGAAAGCUGUUCGCCGCGAGCAAAGAAAAAGCGCAGCACGAAAAAGCACCGCGCGACGAAAAUCCGAUCAACAAGGAGGAGAGAGAAGAUCCAUUGGACCUGGCCCAGAACCAACCCUCUGAGGAUGUCAGCCCGCCGAAGCCUACCAUGGAAGGAGCUUUCCCGGACAAAGCUGUCGAGCCCGAGGACAACUUCCGAGAGCCACCAGAUCGAAUGAGCCAUGUCUGUGACCGUUGUCAUGAUUUGAUACACCACAACAAAGCCAUUGCCUCCCCUAAGCCAACAAUCAUGUCGAUCAGGAAUUACCUUGAAGAGUCACCAUUCACAGAGAACCGUGUCUAUCAUAUUAUCGAUGCGGCCGACUUCCCAAUGUCUCUGGUCCCCAAAAUUCAUUGGGCUUUAAAGCUCCAGGAACAACGUUCAAGGAACCGCCGGGCCCCAAAUGAGAAGUAUUCGCGAGGAAGAAAACUUCCGACGAUAUCAUUCAUCAUCACACGGUCUGAUCUUCUGGCGGCAACAAAGGAUCAGGUAGACUCGAAGAUGGAGUACAUCCGCACAGAGCUCCGAGCAGCCCUUGGACGGUCAGGGAGAGAGGCCCGCUUGGGUAACGUGCACAUGAUCAGUGCCCACCGCGGCUGGUGGACGAAAGAGGUCAAAGAGGAGAUUCGUGAGCAUGGUGGCGGUAUCUGGGUCGUUGGCAAAGCCAACGUUGGAAAGAGCAGUUUCAUCGAGGCCUGCUUCCCGAAGGAUUCCAAGAACCUGGCCAAGAUCGAGGAGUGGAUGGAGCGCCGCGAAAAGAACGAACGCCCCCGGCAGCCACCUACGCCUGAAUCUGAUGGCUUGCUACCCCCUGCCCCUCCCGAAGAACUCUAUCCUGUGCUCCCAGUUGUGUCUUCCCUGCCCGGGACCACAGUCUCGCCUAUCCGAAUUCCCUUUGGUCGCGGCAGAGGUGAGGUCAUCGAUCUGCCAGGACUGGAGCGCGGUCUGCUCGAGGACUUCGUUAAGGACGAACACAAGCGAGACUUGAUCAUGACCAAACGAGUCAAGCCUGAGCGCACUACCGUUAAACCGGGACAGUCCCUCUUGCUCGGUGGUGGGCUCAUUCGGAUCACCCCCGUGAAUCCAGAGGAUACGCUCAUGUCAGCUAGUUUCUUGCCUCUCGAGGGUCACAUCACCAACACGCAAAAGGCUAUAGAGAUACAGGCCGAGGAGCAGCCUUAUCGGGGAACUGUGAUCAUGAAAGAGGGCGUUGGGAAGGAGAUUGCCUCGGCGGGCAAAUUUGAUCUGAGGUGGGAUACCACCACCUCGAACCUGCCCACAUCGCUUGCCAAGGCAAUCAGAGACAAGGGCAUUCCCGUGCCUCAAAUGCCAUACAAAGUCAUGUCGGCCGACAUUCUCGUCGAAGGCUGUGGAUGGAUCGAGCUCAGCAUCCAAGUCCGCAACAGACGGGGCGAGGAGGAGCUUUCGUAUCCGCAGGUGGAGGUCUUCAGUCCCCAGGGCCAACACGUUGGCUCCCGACCUCCGAUCGAAUGUUGGACUUUUAUUGCACACAAAGAGAAGCUCGACAAGCGCAAGCGUGUGCGGAUGCGUCCGAGAUACUCCAAGUAA